AUGGCAGUGAAACAGAGCGACAGUACAACAAAAUUAUGUGAUAAUGAAGUAAACCUUACGACAACAUGUAGUUCAGAUAUCGCAAGUUCAACAACUUGUAGUCCGGGAGAGAUUGUAUCCGGCACAGUUUCUUCCACUCAAACAAAUGUGCCAUCUACAGUAUCCGCUCCUGCUGCACCCGCCAAUGGUAUAACAAGUAAAACUUCGAGUCGAUCAAGUUUAAGUGAUAGUCCAGAUAUCUGCCGUAUUUGCCAUUGUGAAGGAAUAGAAGAGCCACUUAUAUCUCCAUGUUAUUGUAUCGGAACUAUGCAAUAUCUUCAUCAAUCAUGUUUACAGCGUUGGAUUAAAAGUGCCGGAGUUAAAUCCUGUGAAUUAUGUAAAUUUGAAUUUAUAAUGCAUGCUGAAAUCAAACCAUUUAAACAGUGGCAAAAACUAGACAUAAAUGUUAUUGAACGUCGUAAAAUAAUGUGUUCUGUUGCAUUUAAUUUACUUGCUGUUACAUGUGUUCUAUGGUCAUUAUACGUUUUAAUUGAAAAGACAAGAGAAGAAGUCAAAUUAGGAAAAUUAGAAUGGCCAUUUUGGACUAAAUUGAUUGUAGUAGCAAUUGGAUUUACCGGUGGUUUAGUAUUUUUAUAUGUACAAUGUAAAAUGUAUUUACAACUUUGUAUUCGUUGGCGUCAAUUUAAUCAACGUAUAAUAAUUCAUUCGAUAAGUGAACGUCGAAAUUUAACAAAAAUGUCUAAUUCAACACCUGGUCAUAUAAUAGAUUCUUAUUCUUCCAGAAAUCAAAAUCAAAAUAAUGAUUGUAUAAUAACAGUUCUAGAUGCAAAUGAUUUACCACCAAUAACAUCUUCUACAGCCAUUAUAGAUAAUGACUCUUCAUCGACAUUUCAUUCCGUAUCACUACCUGAUGAUCAACAACAACAACAACAACAACGGCAUCAUACAGUCACAGCAAGGCAUAAUAGACGAUAUCGUCCGAUAUUUUUUCGACAUUUAUUUAGAAGGAAUGAACAACCUUCAAUAAUAAUAACGACCAGAUCAUCAAUCGAUACACAUGAACAAAAUCCGUUAACAUGA